UUUUCGUCAUCACAUCCGUAGUACCUUUUUUUCAAUUGGAGAGAGAGAGAGAGAGAGAGAGAGAGAGUUACCAGACCAGAAGAGAAAUUAUUAGAACCGCUUGCAAAAAUCAGAGCUUCAGCUCUCACCCCGACAUUCUUGAUCAAAAAAGAAACAAAAACCACCGACAGCGGGAGAGAAUAACCGAGUCGAAGAAACCCUAAAAGACGAACAUUGAGUUGGCCCUGGUGAUCCUUCUAUGUUAUGUCAGAAGCCCGAAGGGAUAUGGGUGCUUCAGCCGAACUCGACCUAGUAGGACCUGAUUACUUUUCUUUCUAUACACAAGAAGUAGCAGAGCUGUUGUCGCAUGAUGAGGAUUUUCUGCCUCUCCCUUCAGAAACUGCUGAAUUUGGUGAAAGAACGAGUGAUAUGGUUGGAGACAAGGCUAUAGUUUUGGGUUCACUAUUUUCUAGUCCUAUUAGUGCCAGGCUUUCAGAGUAUAAGAAAGAAAGAUUGAAGGCAUUGCUUAGGCAGAGUGCAGUUACUCUUUCACAGGAAGUUGAUGAGAUGCUAGAUCCUGUAUUUGCUAUUUGCCGGUUACAAUCACAACUGCGAUACGCAAAAUGCUUGCCGAAUUGUUCAGGUCCAGCAUCUGGGGAUGAUGCAAAACAGCAUCCUCACAAGAAGAUUAAGCUGUCCUCUUCGACCAGCUUCGCUUCAAAUGGUAGUCCCGUCAGUGCAGAGGUUAAUGAGGAUUUGCAGUUCCUCUUGGAGAAUUCCGCAAAGGUUGAUGAGUCUAUGAAAAAACAUUCUGAUGAACUAUCGGAAACGCUUGGGCACAUGGAGCGGCAGCUUGAGGAAAUUCUUGAUAGAAUACUGUCCACUUGCAGGUUGAUGACUCUUUCAGAGAAGCAACAGCUUCAGAAACUUAUUCAGAAGCUGCCACCAAGAAAUCUUGACCGUGUCGUGGAAAUCAUUCAACGUAAUAAGCCAUCGGGAAAAUAUUCUUCUGGCACGAUUCAUGUUGAUUUGGAAAAAGAGGAUAAUCUAACACUCUGGCGACUGUAUUGCUGUGUUGAAGCCGUUGAAAACGCUAGAAAGCUUCCACGGUAGCCGAAUCAAAGCAAAUACUAUCGGCCAUUUAUGGUCCCAGAACCAAACAUUACGUGGGCUGAUUCACUCCAGUCAGGGUUUACUUGAUUCAUUUGUAGGGUGGUAAUGCCUUCUUCAUUUUGGAAUCUUAUUUGAUACACAAAUUUUCCUCAGAUCAGGCCUGUAAAUUUAGUGUUCUAGCAUCAAGGCAGAAAGAGCAUGAUUGUGAAGUACUUCACAAGCCCUCGAAGGUGAAUUAUGACCCAGUUUCCUUUUGCACAAUCAAGGCGUCUUCUUAGGUUUUUUCCUUGAGCUAUGUAAUGCUGCCUUGCCAAAUUUGGUUUGUUUUUCUUGAAUUUCUUCUGUAUGUCAUCCCAUAGAUAGAUGUUCCGACAGUGUGAAAUGGCAUACAAGUUUAUGAUUGUUAGUGCAAGGGAUCAUUUACUGUACACUGUUGACCUGAAGUUUGUUUUUCUUGAGCUCUUAUUCCUUGAAUCCUUCUGUAAGCUGCUGCCGAUGUGAAUGCCUGAAGUGUUUUUUUA